AUGGUGUCGAAAAGGAUUAAGUACGCUCUGGCGCAUCUCUCGCGCAAGCAGCACAUCGAAAUCCUGGCCAGGCCCGUCUGGAGACGCCUCGAGAAGAGAAAUGUGCACUGCCUGUCGUCGGCGUUCACGGUGAAUCGGGCCGCCUUGAAGUGUCGAACCUCGAAGCGCCUGAAGAUCAUGGCGCAGCCGAGAAGCAUCAACAAAAAAUACGACCCGGCAAAGGCGCCUCCCUAUGUGCCGCGUAUCCAUCCAAAGACGCUGAACGCUACGCCGAGUAAACGCGUCAUGGAUCUGGCUCUUCCGAGGAAGUGCACGGUGGUAGCGACCAAGCGUUUCGCCGAGGGGAACAGGACGAUGACACUGACGGUGGAGAAUCUGCUGACGAGGAUACGGAAGUCCCGGUACCAGAGGUACCGGCUGCUCUGCAACGCCCUGGCCCACCAAGCCGCAGCCAAGGAGGCUAAGCUGCAAAAGAAGUUGCACAGAGCCUUGACAAAACCCAGUGAUUGGGAACGGCAUAACCAAGUCCUGGAGAGAAUCGCUCAGCCCAAAACUGUCCCCAAGCCGAAACCCAUAGAUACGGGGCACAAAACGAAACGGCGGAAGCCGGAUAUGAAGCUGAUCGAAAGCCUGGCCCAGCCCGUAGGCAGAGAGGUCGGCGAGGUGAGAGAUCCAUUUAGAGUGGCAAAGGGCGCGCUCAACUACAAGAUCACCGACCGCGUGAGGAGGCUCGCAGUGAGAAAGAAUCCACCGGAAAUUCAUGCGCCCCGUAUUCCAGGGGGGGUCUCCAGGGCCGCGACCAGAGCCAUAGCUACGCCGAGGCUGAUAACGCUGGCGAAGCCGGCGGUGCGCCCCGCGGGAUUGGUGACAGACCUGAAGGAAGAUGCCUUCAGUGUCCCACCCCGAGCUCUGAAAGCGGUCUGCACCCCCAGGACCAAAAGACUCGCCAGGCCCAGGACCUACGGCAAGAAGUGA